AUGGCUUCUUUACUUGGGGCGCAUUACGAUUCGAGCGACGACGAUGCAACUGCACCGGCUUCCAAGCCCACCAACUCUACUCCCGCCACCACUGUCGUAGCUGCUCCAGAUGUCUCGGUGGAGGAUCCGAUGCGACAGCAACUGGCCCUGACGAAGCCUACUGACACCGCUCUUAGCUACAACAUCACCUACGACGAUCUCACUCGACCAACAGAAGGCCCGGCAAACCCGUUCAAGAACCCAAAUGGCAACGCUUUAAAACGGAAAAACAUCAUCACUGGCUAUGCCGAAGAAGCCGCCGUCAGUGAAUCCACCUUCAAUACUCAGCACCGGACGUUCCAAUCCCUAGGCUAUACGCGAGGCGCCGACGGCGAGAUACUCGGCGACCUCACGCGAGCAGAUCAGUUCGGCGGACGAGAUGUCGUGCAGAUGCGACAUCUGGACAAAGAACAGAGCGAGGCUCUUCGUCGCAAGCGCCAAAGAAAGGGCGACCCAUCCAUUGUCGACGGCCCAGGCGCGUAUAAAGGACCAUGGGCAAAGUACAGGGACGACGACAUUGCGCUGGAAGAAGAAGCCGCGCAGGCCGGCGAAGGGCUGGCGAGUGACGAAGAGUACGAAGAAGACGCCAUUGCAACCAUUGACAACACGCCGCUUCCCAAACUUGCGACCGACUACGCCGACGAGGGCGCCGACGGCAACGGUGCUGGCACCGAAUCGACCGAGUUCCACGGCAGCCAGCAGUUCGACUACCAAGGCCGCACCUAUAUGCACGUACCGCAAGAUCUGGACGUGGAUCUGCGCAAAGAACCCGGCAGUUGGCGCAGUUACGUGCCCAAGAAACACGUUCACACGUGGAAAUCGCACACGAAACCCAUUACCGCCUUGCGCUUCUUCCCUUCUUCUGGCCAUCUCCUCUUAUCCUCCUCUGCCGACACCAAGAUCAAGAUCUGGGACGUCUACCACGAGCGCGAGCUGCUGCGCACUUAUUCUGGCCACAACAAGGCCGUCACAGACAUCACUUUCAACCCCGACGGCACGCGCUUCCUCUCUGCCAGCUACGACCGGCAAAUGAAGCUCUGGGACACGGAAUACGGCAAAUGCAUCGGGCGCUUCUCGACCGGCAAGAUCCCACACGUGAUCAAAUUCAACCCGUCCGUCGACCACUCGCACGAGUUCGUCGCAGGCAUGUCGGACAAGAAGAUUAUCCAGUUCGACACGCGCUCCGGCGAAAUGGUCCAAGAAUACGACCACCACCUGGGCCCCGUCAACACCAUCACUUUCGUCGACGAGGACCGCCGCUUCAUCACCACGUCCGACGACAAAUCCCUUCGCGCCUGGGAAUACAAUAUCCCCGUGCCCAUCAAAUUCAUCGCCGAACCGUACAUGUACUCCAUGGUCCGCGCCGCCCCACAUCCCUCUGGCAAAUACGUCGCCUUCCAGUCCGGCGAUAACCAGAUUGUCGUCUACGCCUCCACAGACCGGUUCCGCCAGAACCGCAAAAAGAGCUACCGCGGCCACAACACCGCCGGUUAUGCCGUCGACGUGGCCAUCUCCCCCGACGGCCAGUUCGUCUCGUCUGGUGACACGGGCGGCUUCGUCUGCUUCUGGGACUGGAAGACGUGUAAAAUGUAUCACAAGAUUAAAGCCAGCGAUGGGCCCGUCGUUGCGACCCAGUGGCAUCCCCAGGAGACCAGCAAGGUCGUUACCGGCGCCCUCGAUGGCUUGAUCAAAUACUGGGAUUAG